AUGGGAGACCCUCAGACGAUAUUCGAGGACCGCAGGGAAAUCCCUACCGACAUCAUACCGAACAUCUUGCUGAGGCUGCCGAGCAAGGACUUUGUCCGGUCAUCCUGCGUCUGCAAGCAGUGGCGCAACAUCGUCGCAGACCCCUCCGUCCGCAAGCUCCACGUGGGCCAUCGUCAUGCCGCCACAGCAUCGUCGGAGACGGAGGUCUUGCUCGUCACAGAAACCCGCAAGCUCGGAUGGAGCGACGAGGCCAGCGUCUUCAACCUUUCCUCCGCCAAGGCCUUGUGCCAGGUCGCCAUCCCCACCGGAUACCGCAUCGCCGGCGUCUGCAACGACCUCCUCUGCUUCGUGUACGACCACGAGCUAGCGCCGACGAUCGUGUGCAACCCCAUCACCGGCGAGAUGCUGCGGCUUCCAAAGGCGCCUCCGCUCCCUUCAGGGAACCCCCUGCUGUCGCAUCUCUUCGUCUUAGGGUUCAGCCGACCGACCAAGGAAUACAAGAUGUUCCAGCUUUCCUUCCCACGACGGCACGAAUACCCCAGAGAUGAGACCAACUACAUAGCCGUGUAUACCCUGGGUGGCGGCGGCGGCGGCGGCUGGCGCCAAUACUCCUACCUCUCUCGGUUCCACCCGGUCACAUCGCCGGCGCCGGUACACAUCGACGGGAACAUAUUCGUGCCGACCGCUGAUCUGGCAGACAAACGCGCUCGCGCUGCGCGAAUGUUGGUGCUCGACGUGAGGACGGAGGCGCCCCGCUUGUACCGUAUCCCGUACAACUACGACGAUUAUCACGAGGACUGGGACCAGAUGUUGGCCGGCAGCUUUGAUCUGAACGGGCAGAUGUGCCUCGCCGUGAACGUUGGUUUUUUUAAUCCUGUGUCUCGCAUGAAGACCCAGUUCUGGGUCAUGAAGCCGCAAGGUGAGCUUGAUCAGGGCAAGGAUGAGCAGGAGGAUGACGACAAGCUCCAUUGGGAUCUACGCUAUAGCUUCUACUUCGACCACUUCGCCAUCAACGCGCCGAGGGCCGCCUGGAUUGACCACACCCAGACGUUAUGCUGCAGGAUUGGAACGUUUGUGUACAAGUAUGACACAAGAGGAUACUCAUCGUCCUCCAAUGUCGUUGAUUCUCUGUUGUUUGACGAGCGAGUCGCCGUCCCAUGUUCUCCAUGUCCGUCAGUGUCUUCUAAAUGGCCGCAGUUUAGCCGGUGGAGCAUUUGCGGGGGUUAUCGCCCCAGCCUGCUCUCCCCUCUCGUUUUUGCGUUGCCACCAUCAUCCCAAGACGAAGAGGGGAAGAAACGAUCACAGUUGGAGCAGACCUUGAUACGUGCUCUGGAAGGUGGAGCUUGA